UAUUUAGACCGUCCGCAAUGGUUAUUUCCUUUUUCGGGAAAUAGACGCUGUUACAUUGUUGAGCGCCUACAAUAUCUUAUUUGUGGUGCAAUGAUUCACAGAGCAUGCUCACUACAAUUUGCUAGUGGAGGCUACGUAAUGCGCCCACUGCAUGCUUCAUUGCUGUGGUAUCCCGAAACUUUGGGAGACGCGGCGAUUUAUUCUCUCUCACUAGGCCUAGGGUCGGUAUGCUUAAUGAAUAAACUUGAUAACUUCAAUGGCACGGCGAAGAAUGGACUGUGACCGACGACAGCUUCCAUGCAGUACCGGUUGCUCAUGCUCCCGUUGUAACCACAGCUACCCUCGAUUGAGGUCCCCCUGUUCUCAGACUGCAGGCGCAGGAGCUAUCAAACGGAGUCUGUUCUAACAGCUGCCCACUUCUUGCAGAAAUCAGAUGCGGUGUUCGGGGAGCGCUUUGUUGCAAGGCCUUUUCGUUACAGACCUCAGGAGGACAACGGGGUGUUCUUCUAAAGUUUAUAACUGUAUUAUUUAUCUGCUGUGUAAUGGAGUAAUUUGUGCGAUAGGAAGAACAUUCAGCAGUUUAUGCGCGUGUGAUGAUAGGAGACACAAUGACGCUGUUGUCUCUUUUAGGUCGGAUCAUGCGUUAUUUCUUACUCAGGCCAGAGACCUUGUUUUUGCUAUGCAUAAGCUUGGCUUUGUGGAGUUACUUCUUCCAUACGGAUGAAGUGAAGACCAUUGUGAAAUCCAGCCGUGAUGCUGUGAAAAUGGUGAAGGGUAAAGUGGCUGAGAUCAUGCUGAACGACAGACUUGGGGGUCUUGAUGUCGCGGAUGCUGAAUUCUCCAAAACGUGGGACUUCAAAAACAACAAUGUUGCUGUCUACUCCAUCCAAGGCCGGAGAGACCACAUGGAAGACCGCUUCGAAGUGCUCACAGACAUUGUUAAUAAGAGUCACCCAUCCAUAUUUGGGAUAUUCGACGGGCAUGGUGGAGAGACAGCUGCCGACUAUGUGAAGGCCCACCUGCCCGAUGCCCUGCGGCAGCAGCUGCUGGCCUACGAGAGGGAGAAGAGGGAGAGCCAGCUGUCCUACCCUGCCAUCCUGGAGCAGCGCAUCCUGGCUGUGGACCGGGACAUGGUGGAGAAGUUCUCUGCCUCCCAUGAUGAAGCAGGUACAACGUGUUUGGUGGCCUUGCUCUCUGACAGAGAGCUGACUGUGGCUAAUGUCGGAGACUCCAGAGGCGUUCUGUGUGACAAAGACGGAAAUGCUAUUGCACUAUCACAUGACCACAAGCCCUACCAACUCAAAGAGCGAAAGAGGAUCAAGAGAGCUGGUGGCUUCAUCAGCUUCAACGGCUCGUGGCGCGUGCAGGGCAUCCUGGCCAUGUCUCGCUCGCUGGGCGACUACCCGCUCAAGAACCUCAACGUCGUCAUUUCGGAUCCGGACGUCAUGACCUUUGACUUGGACAAGCUGCAGCCAGAGUUCAUGAUCCUGGCCUCCGAUGGCCUGUGGGACGCCUUCAGCAACGAGGAGGCCGUGCGCUUCGUGCGAGAGCGCCUGGACGAGCCGCACUUUGGCGCCAAGAGCAUCGUUCUACAGUCCUUUUAUAGAGGCUGUCCAGACAACAUCACUGUCAUGGUGGUGAAGUUUAAGAGCGGACCAGCAGGUGGCAGGGUCCCAGAAUAGACCUUUGCUGUGUGUGGCUUUUCUUUUUUGAAAGAGGACGGGACACCUUCAAAGAGUUCAAGUACAAUCUUUACCUUGAUAAAUAGAAAGGUUAAGUGUAUUGUGCUGACAUGCAUCUCAAACAAUGAUAUGCAUGAGGACAUAACAAUGUUGUUUUCCUAACCACUGCUGUGAAAUGAACACAGUAUCAUUUUUAGUAGUUGUCUGAGCAACACAACUGUUAAAGAUAAAAAGGUAAACAUUUUUAAGUUCAAUCACUGGAAGAUUUUUUUUCAAAUGUUAUUUAACCUAUGCAUUCAGGUGUACCACAUACUGUUUACUGAUGAUGAUCGCAACGCUGCAUAUAAUCUAAAACACCAGGUAGUUAUUACACUGAUAUAGUCUAGGUAUUCUUUUUUUCUUUCAUUUUUCCCCUCAAAUAACUAAACGUUGUCCUGCCUGAGCUUACAACCCAGUUUCCCAUUCACAUACACACAGAUGGGAUUUGACUACCUGCAUGGCAUCCAGUGAACAAGACUAGGGAUCAAAAUGCUGAAUUGUUAUUUUCAAGUAAGAUGUUCAUGGGAAGUACUUGGCAAUAGCAGGUGCUUUUAAUCAUUCAUUUGUGAAUGUGUUACCUUACCAUAAACAAAUUGUUGGGUAAUACACAUCGCAAGGGAUUGCAUGGUCAUCUGACAGCUUUACUAAUGGUACUGUCAUUGUGUGCUGCUUUGUAAUGUCACUCUCUUUUGGUAGAAGUAGCCUUACUGUAUAUGUAUUACCAAUAUUUUGUGGCCUUUUCCUUUGCCUAUGAGGUCAUUGCCAAAUAAAACAUGCACAUAUCGGUCAAAAGA